AUGAGUAGUCAAGCUGAAGUUAUUGCCAGGAACGCUCGUAAAGCUGGUAAUGUGUUGAAAGUGUUAUCUGAUGAGCAGAGAAUAUUCAUUUUACACAAGAUUCAUGAUGCCUUAAAAGAGAAUGCGGGUGCCAUUAAGGUUGCUAAUGAGGUCGAUUUAAAGGUCGCUAAUGAAACAGGUAUAAAGCCAUCGUUGAUAAAGAGAUUAGAUUUAUUCAAAGGUGAUAAGUUCGAAAUCAUGUUACAAGGGAUUCAAGAAAUUGCCGAAUUAGAAGAUCCAGUGGGUAAAGUUUUAAUGGCAAGAGAACUUGACGAAGGUUUAACUCUGUACAAAGUCACUGCUCCAGUAGGUGUAUUAUUGGUGAUUUUUGAAUCGCGUCCAGAAGUUAUUGCCAAUAUCACAGCCUUGGCUAUAAAGUCAGGUAAUGCUGGUAUCUUGAAAGGGGGUAAGGAAUCUGUUAACACUUUCAGAGAAAUGUCAAGAAUCAUAAAUGACUGCAUCGAAAAAUAUGAACCUGAAUGUCACGUUCCAGUCAAUGCUGUACAAUUGAUCGAAACUAGACAAGAUGUCUCUGAUUUAUUGAAUCAAGACGACUACAUUGAUUUAGUUGUUCCUCGUGGUUCUAAUGCAUUAGUUAAACAAAUAAAAAAUAAUACUAAAAUCCCUGUUUUGGGCCACGCUGAUGGUAUUUGUUCUGUGUAUGUAGCCAAGGAUGCUGAUAUCGAGAAAGCAAAGAGAAUUGUUUACGAUGCCAAGACGAAUUACCCAGCUGGCUGUAACGCAAUGGAAACACUUCUAAUAAAUAGAGAAGCCAAGAAUUGGGAAGACGUUUUGACUAACUUAAUAACUAAAGGUGAUGUUACUGUACAUUUAUCUGAGGAUGUUAAAGAAGCUUAUUUACAAAAACUUCAAGCAUCUAAUUUAUUAACUGAUAAAAUUAGAUCCAAAAUUGUCCUUGCUGAAGAAUCUGAUUUUUACAGAGAAUUCUUGUCAUUAGAUUGCGCCGUCAAGUUUGUCAACUCCACAGAAGAUGCUAUUUCUCAUAUAAACCAACAUUCUUCAAAGCAUACUGAUUCUAUUAUUACCGAGAACGAAGCUAGUGCAAAUAAAUUCAUGAGAGGUAUUGACUCAGCUGGUGUUUAUUGGAAUGCAUCUACUAGAUUUGCUGAUGGUUUCAGAUAUGGCUUUGGCGCUGAAGUUGGUAUCUCAACUGCUAAGAUUCAUGCACGUGGUCCUGUCGGUUUAGAUGGUCUAGUUACUUAUCAAUAUCAAAUGAGAGGUGAUGGCCAAAUUGCUGGUGACUAUUUGGGUGCCGGUGGUAAAAAAGCAUUUGUACACAAAGAUUUAGACAUUAACAACAUAGUUUUAUAA